AUGGGCGUGGAGGUUGGUGAUGUGAUCGAGAUAUUACCUGCUCGGUAUCCCGGAGAUGGUACCCAUUCUGCUAAAACAGAUUUCGGGUCGAGAUCUUUGCGCGACAGCCAUGUUGAAUCGAGCUCUACGCUUCAUUCAGACUCAAUGUCCAAGUUUAAAACCCCUUUGCAAAGUCGGUGUCUCUUCGUGGUCAAACCCUUGCCGCAAGACAUAAAGACACGAAAUCCCAAGCUAGAGCUUUCGGUCACUACCAGUAUCGCCAACAUAUUCGGGUUCAAGAACCGGACAACCGUCCAUAUCUCGAUUGUAGACCGUGCUCAAUGCGCUGCCUCUCAUGUUGAUAUCUCCUUCCGUGACCAGUAUAUGGUCAGGUCUGACAUGUGGAGGCUGGUCAUGUCGGAGUUAGCAGAGAGGAUCGUUUACAAGGGACAGAAAAUCGUAUUCACUGGUAGUAUCAAGGCAACUGUAAAAAAUAUCUUCAUUCGUGGCAAAAAGGUCCUCUCCGGUUUUUUCUCGCCCCAAACCAUUCCAGUGUUCCGCAGCGAAUCGGCGAAGUACGUGUUGUUCAUCCAGAUGUCAAGGGAAAUGUGGGAUUUCGACUCGGAAGGCACUGGGGACAUUCUAUUUAGCAGAGUUAUCAAUGGGUUUCUCCCUGAGUUGUUUAAACGGUGGGUCAAUUCAGAUGCGAGGCACCUGGUGACCAUCGUAUUAUUCACGCGGGUUGAGUACGAUGCAUCGGCCAUUGCCUCUUCCACUUUUAGUUCAGAGAACCUGACGAGCAUGUUCGGUCCGAACCACGUUCCCACAAGGGACUUCUAUCGGGUAGUGGUCAAUGACAUGGCGAGUGGCCAUUGGACUACUAUCUUGGAUGAACUAAAGAAGGAUUUCAGGACCUUCCUAAGGGACGUAUCGAUACUCAAUGUACACAAUGCAGAUACUCCAACGUUCAACGCAACUGGUGCAUCCAAAUCCCAGCCGGCGACCAUUGCAGGGCGGCCAAGCACCGCUCUCCGUGGGAACAUACUCGAAGCUAUCCAUCUUGCAUCUUCUCAUCUAGCAUUCGACCAUAUUGACCGUGAUAUGGUUCAUACAGGCACUUCAAUUAUAGUCAUUACGCCCGGAAGCGGUGUUUUUGAAGUAUCAUACGAAUCGCUAGCCUCCACCACUGAAGCACUCACAAACCGCGGGAUCGCCAUUGAUCUUGUCUGUCUUAGCCCUAUGCCUCUCCACUCCGUGCCUCUGUUCAAGUAUCGGGAGCCAGCCCAUAGGCCUACCACUGCCGCAUUCGGCGAUAUUCAACAUGGAGGUUAUUCCCCUGAAAUGCGCCAUUCGUUUGCGAGCAUAUCAAGUAAGACGCCACACCUUUCCCCGAAGUCAGCUCUCCUGGAUUCAUUCACGGGGAUGAGCUCUAAAUCACAGUGGUCUGGUCGGUCAAAUGAAUGGAAUUAUGGGAUCCCCCACUGGCUUGAUAUAUCAUAUUGGAACCCUGAAACCUACAGAGAGUCUCGACGUAUCUUGAAAAAAGACCCCAAUGCGCCUAUUCCAUUCACUGUCACCAAGCAGUCGAAAGUUUUCGUUCCGCGGGUGCGAAUGUAUGAAAUCCAAAUGAUGGGCGUGAUGGAGAGUGAACAAUCAAACAUAUCUAUCCCCUACCUCUCAGAAGGGCCGAAUAUAUCUAGAGCGACCAGUUCCACCCUUGGUUCUAGCCCAGGUAGUCUUGUACCCCCUAAGGCUACUUUCAGGCGCAAUUCUCCUUUUCGACAUCAGCUGAGCGACAGUCUCCGACCGGAGCCUUUCCUUCAUAACAUGGCAAGCUCAAAGGAUGCAAUGCUUACUAUACCAAAGAAAACGCCAAAAACGGUGCUUUCCUGGAUGGACAAUUAUGACGAAAAUGUGUUUCAGCCUUUUAGAAAGCGGCGACAUCGCCGGAAGCCGUCAAAGAUUAAACGACCUAGUGAGCCAGAAGUGAAGGCAUCUAAUGCGCAUGAAAGAAUUUCUGCUAGAUCGAUAUCGCGUCUUAGGGAAAACGAGAGUACUCGUUCAGCAUCGCGACAGAUUGACAUCCCGCUUCCAGCCCCUAAGAGCCCUGUGUCUACGAAAAGCGCUUCUCCCAAGAAACCAGCCUUAAAAAGCUCCUCCAAAACCAAGUUGCCACGUAUAUCGCGCACAAUCAGCUUCGCUCUCCGUGGCCUAAGUUCCACUCCUCCCAGAGCUCAAGCAAGCACGGAAGUAAAUGUUGAGCACGCCAGAGGCUUGCCGACAUCAAAUUCAAGGAAGUUGUCGGGUGUGCUUGCAGACAAUAGAAGCGUGGAUUCUUUGACUCAACCAAGACGGCAUGGACCUAAGUUCGAGGUAAACUUGAGUAGUGGAUCGCGCAAUGGAUCUUCAAAAAGUCCCCAAAGCAAGGCAUUGGCUCCUUGGGUGCGCUCAGUGAACCCCUGCAACACCCCAAGAGAGGUGUUACGAGACACUAGCUGGUUUGGGCGCUGGCAGCAUGCUUAUCCACGGCCUCCUCAUGUUGCGGUGGUCAAAUGGAAAAGCUUGAAGUCCCCGGCUGUUCUCCCGCUGACAACAGAGGAGUUCCCCACGCCAAGUGAACUUGCCUCGGACUAUUUGCAGACUCCAUACCGUGUCUUCCCCAACGAAGACUCAGAAGGUAUUGAGGCGCCCAAAACCAGAGGCGUGCUUCUCCGGGAAAUGAUUUCACUACGGCUUUCCCACGGGUUCCAAAUCGUUGUCGGGAAAAAUGUAGUUGAAGCUUCCGCGCAAUAUACCCUCCAGUCACCGAACGUAUUCGACACUCAUGCUUUAGAAAGGGCCGGGGCUACUGUCUUUUUGUCCAAAGGUAACUCGAUACAUCGACUUAUUUGUGUUGAAGGUGCGGAGAUUGAAGUCACGCGAUACACGCAUCGAACUUCCUCGCUUUUAGCGUCUGAUCAGAAAAGGAAAUUCACUCUGUAUUCUCCGGCAAUGAGAACAAUCCUAAGUCCCGAAUAUGUGGUAAAGGAUAUAAAAUUAGACUCGACGUACGAGGAAUACAACUGGAACUACGCUGAUAAUUAUGUGGCCGGCCACCGAGACUACUUGUUCAAUCCAGCCCAACAACUCCACUUCUGGCGUGUGCGCUACGUCCUGAUCCCGAUGCGUUUGCACUUCAAAUCUCGACGGCUUCAUGGAUUCAAUGAAGACAAUGAAGAAGAAAUUCAUCUGCUUGGCAUCAAUCAGCUCACACAUAUAUGGCAGCGCCACAAGUAUAUUCCUCCGGAAGAAAAGCGGUUUGAAAGCUCCAACAAAAAGAGGGACCAGAACCCCCUCAACAUUAUGUACCAGACACGGAAUCCAUCCGAGGUUAUUGCGGCUGAAUUAGACCGUAUCAUACUUGUGGAUCCUGGCCUAGACUCAUCCCCUGCACAGCUACUUCCAGAGUCAGAGCUGCUCGAGCGCUCUGGUAUCAGUUUAUCAUCCUUGGCGCAGAUAAUCCAGGGGGAAAAGGGAGUUAGGAUGAUGGAUCGAAGGUGGCAUUGGCGGCUGCACUACAAUUGUUUCAUUGGCUUCGAGCUUACAACUUGGCUGCUCCAAAACUUCCGCGACAUUGACAGCCGGGAAGAGGCGGUCGAAUUUGGUAACGAGUUGAUGAAACACGGUCUCUUCCAGCAUGUAGAAAAGCGGCACAACUUCCGGGAUGGCAAUUAUUUCUACCAGAUCUCUAGCGAGUAUCGUGUCUCGCGACCUGAAUCUCGUGGUAGCUGGUUCCCUCAAAUACGACCGGAUAAGUCAGUUCCUUCAACCCCGGUGGGUGAGGCCUCGAAAGGUUCCCCUAUAAGUGGCCAUACCCGCUCCGACAGUACCGAGGAUACACAGUCGCAGACCCCAAGCACGCCGUCAAAAUUAAAGAAUAAAGCCUCGAUCACGUUGUCUAAAACUAUGAAAUACGACGUCGACCCCCGCAAACGCUCAAAUCGCCCUGAGGUCAUUGAUCUCCAUUAUGAUCGACUGCAUAAUCCCGAGAAUUGCUUCCACAUAGAGCUCAGCUGGAUGAACACCACUCCCAAACUCAUUGAGGAUACGGUCCUGUCGUGGGCUUCGACAGCCGAGAAAUUUGGACUUAAGCUCGUCCAAGUUCCCAUUGCUGAAGCCUGCGCUAUUGACAAAACACAGCCAUUCCGAAAGCCAUACUGUGUCCAACUCAAAGCUCCUCCUCCUAAGGGCCCCAUUCCACUCCAGUGCAACUCAGAGUCAUUCUCCCAGCCGGUUACAUUAGACCAUCAGUACUUCCAUAAAGCCCUCUUACGGAAGUUCGACUUCGUCCUUGACUUUGAGGCCAGGUCCUCUUAUCCCGCGGAUGUCGAAGUGUCAUAUUCCUGGGGCAUGCCUGACUAUCAGUACCCUCAGUAUAUUCAUCGAUCUGGCAGUGUUCUAGCUCAGAUCACUGGCGAAGGAGAUUUUUUACUUCUUGCCAACAGACUUGUCAGCACACGCAGUGCUGCCAGUCGAGACAUGCCGAGACAUGAGCGGUUAGACCGGCCUGAUCAAUAUCGGGCUCGUGCAGGGACCUACGAUCCUGUGGACCGUAUCUCUCCACGCCUUUCGCCCAUGGCUCGGCCAGUCCACGAGGUUCAUAGCCCCCUGAGCCCUCAGGGACACGCGAGCAUUGAUUCUGCAAAUCUGUAUCGAGCCCCCGAACAUAUUCUUACUGGGUUUGCAGAUUUCUGCAAUGAUCCGGCUAGACUCGAGCAAUUCUACAGUGAGGCGCAGGUGCGGGCGACUUCAACAAAGGUCGGCCCGGCGCCUACCACACUUACGGAUGCGUCCAUACCUUCUCUUGAACUACCUGCCAGUGUUGUUAGCCAUCACAUAUCACCCCCACCUGGUCUACCAUCAAGAUCGUCACAUAAUAUCGCCGCGCCACUGUCUGAGAUCAGAAGGUCACGAGAUGAUAGUAAUAUGUCCAGAGGCAGUCCAAGAAGCGGCAGCUUGAGGCCACUUUCUCUAACAUAA